UCUACCAACACCCUAAGCUGGAUUAAGCUCAUUUCUAUUGUUCCUUAUUUUCAUAACGAUCGUCAGCAAAUUGUUUCCGAGAGAGUUUGAAGAUGUUCCGUCAGAUAAUCCUCCUACUCGUUGUAGCUGGAAGCGCUACCGCACUGUCUGAUCUUGCUCAAAGCCAGAUUAAGGGAUUGCAAAAGCUUUUAAAAGGAGAACAAACAGCGAUUGCAACAUGCACAAUCGUUUUUUUCAAAGAGCUGGUUGACUACAACGUAGCAGACGAGCACUGCAAGAACUUCGAAAUAGGUACCGGGCGAGCUGAAAAAGGAAAUCUGGUGACAGUGAACAACGAUGAGAAGAACCAAGAACUUCAAGUCCUUCUAGAUUUGGCGUACCCGGUAGCAGAUCCUGAAGUAGACAAGUGGGGCUCCACUCGGUGGGUCUGGGCUGGUCUCAGGAAAACCAAGAACACCAAGGACACAAAGGUGAAGCGUGGGGACUACACUCCUUUGGAAUGGGAGUGGGCUGAUGGCACCAAUCCCACAGAAUUUCAACAAUGGCUGAACUUUGGGGAGAAGAAGGCUCAACCUGAUCAGGACAAUAUGAAGAAAGGAAGCAAGAUAAAGGGGUUGUCAGGGGGUGCCAAUACUUGUAAUGAAGACCCCAGGUGUUUCCAGAACCAGAUGAGGAUCAACCACGAGGGAAAGUGGGACGACACAUUCAAGUUCAGGAAACAUCCCUACGCCUGCGACUACCGAGGAAAAUACAUCCUCUCCAGCGAACCAUCGACUUGGAAAGAUGCCGAAAGUGCUUGUGAGGCAGCAGGAUUACAUCUUGCUAUGGUCAGAAACCCGGCGGAGGUUGAAGAGAUAAAGACUGCAAUGGUGUACUUCCUCGGAGACGCUGAUGAUUCCUGGGGAACCUGGGAUGCCAACAACUGGAUCUGGUUGGGCGGAAAUGACGUGAAAGAAGAGGGAGUGUGGAGGUGGCAAAAUGGGGACCUAGCUGAUACCUGGGACAUGCCCUGGAGGAAAAAAGCGGGCAAGGAUAACGCUAAAUAUCUGUCAGAUGGAGGCCAAAACGCUAUGGCUAUAUCCAGAUGGGGAGAAUUCGACGACUCUUUCCAGGAUCAGAUGGAGAGGAAGCGACCAUUCGCUUGCCAAUGCCCAGACUCCUGAACACUGAAGAUUCGGAUUUCGGACUAGUAUCGUUUUCAUUUUUUUAUACUUUUUGAAGAGAAAACCGGAAAUUUAAAUAAAAAUUAUGGAAAAAAUAAUUAGAGUUAUGUUUAGUAGUACUA